AUGAGUGAGUUAAAUCUCCCGAAGCGAAUCAUAUCGGCUGGAGAUGAGCCCUGGGGUCAGCGAGUGAUAACUUACCAAAAAUUUAGCAUCAUUUCAGAUCUCGUAGCGGCGCUUAAUGAAUCGGAAAUCGACUUUAUCCGGGAGUCCCCUCUGGGGAUGCUACUUGAGAUACCUUCCAAACCGGCUUGGUCAGGUACGUUUGGGUUGUUUUUACUCUCGCGACAACUCGAAGUUGAUCGGAAGAACGAGAUUUGGUUCGUUUUUGCGGGACGUCCGAUUAGAUUCUCUCUCCGCGAAUUCAAAAUCAUUACUGGUUUGAACUGCGGGAGGCUGCCUUUGACCGAAGCGAGAAAACGGAAGUCUUCGACAUACCCAAAUUUUGCCAAACUCUUUGAUGGAAAAGACGAUGUUACUAUCGUGAGAGUUAUCGCGAUUCUCAAACGCCGGCGAGAUCUGGAUAAACAAGUCCGCAUAAAAAUGGUGUGUCUUGUCCUCGUUGACGGAAUUCUCCUACCAACUGUUCAUUACCCACGAGUAAAAGUGGUAAAGGAACAUGCAGAAAUGACGGAGGAUCUGGUCUCAUUUGUUGAGUACCCAUGGGGUCGGCUUUCAUUUGACAUGAUGAUAUCUUCCAUUAAAGAGAGGGAACCAUCGAAGCUAGUGAACGCGAAUGUAGCGAUCCAAGGUCUGUUUGCAGCUCUUCAGUUUGUUGUUUUGGAAGCUGUCCCAUCGCUUGCAGAUAGUCUGAACCAGUCUGUCUCCGCCGAAGUGGAUGAUGAAGAUGACUUCCUCCCCCAACAGCGACAGGUCCUCCAAUUAAAGUUAAGUCACGCACGCGACAUCGACGAAGCGGAAAAGGACACUGUCCACUCCGUCAUUCGUCCGGAUCUAGUAUUCGAUGAGGAAGAGGACCUUAGCUGGGCGGACGAUCCUAUCGAUCCGAAGGUUGAUGAGAUGUUGAAACUCAUUGACGAAGGUUUUCAGUUCAAGGGCGAGAUGUUUUUGGGUGGGUGCAAACCAGCUGUAAUUCCACCAAAGUCAAAGUCAAGAAAAGGCAAAUCCGGUAAAGGCGUUGGCGGAAGGAGCGCGAAGAAUAAGGGUAGAGGCGCUGGUCCAAGCACAACUAUCUUUGACGAAACUCGCAUUGGGAAUAUAAUAGAGGCCAAGUUGUCAAGUUACGAAAUCGCCUUGGAGGAAAAAUUUGCAGACAUGCUAUCGAAGAACAACAAGGUUGUCAUUGCUGCGUUGAAAAAACUGAUAACGAAAACCGCUGUUAACCACGAGGAUAUCCCAACGAGGUCGGUUUCCGUCGAUAAUUCCUCUGCAGAUGGUACUGUCUCCGAAAGUAGCCAAACCACCGGCAACGGGGACGAAGACAAUGCGAGCAACCAGUCUGCUGCAGAAGGUGGCGACGCCGAAUUCGGUGUUUCUAUUGGCAAUCAGAACGAACGGCUGUCUACGGAGGAUAUUAUAGCCUACUAUGCGGUCAAUAACGACGAAAAUGGAGGCACGUCCGUCUUACCUGAGCAACCAUCCUCUCCAGUCGUCGAUCACCAAAAAUCGGGGGAUUCAACCUAUGGAGGUGAGCCGACAGAGAGGAGAACUAUAGAGGUAAUAUAG